AUGGACACUACGGAAUGGACACCUCGCCGUGAACUCGCACUUCCUAAUGAACUUUUGUACAAAGUCCUGUUGCUUGUCAUGUCCGACAGCGUACACUCUAUCUGCGUAUCUACUGAAGAUACACCAUGGGAGCGAGGUAUAAUGGACACUAUGUACCGCGUCUCUCGAACAUUUAAGGCCAUCUCUACCGACAUUGCGGGGAAAGCAUUCGAUAUUCAAAAAGUGAUAAGGCAAGAUGAUGCAAGGAUGCUACGCACCUCUCGCGAAAUAUUCGUCUAUCUUAAUCAUCUCGGGACCCGACUAAGAAGUGAAUCUGAGUGGGGGAGCGUGUCUUUCCGUACAAUUGACUGUACAGCCUCCCCACUAGUUUUCGCAUACGCGUUAUAUCUGAGCUGUAUCUCCCUCCGACGAAACGCCAGUCGCUCCCCGCCUGACGUGUUCCAAACAACGCACAAGGUCAUCUUAUCAGCGUUGGCGCAAUCGGAGUCCCUGUGCGAACGUGUGUACCCCGCGGAGAUGACGAUCCCACUUCGGCAAUGUAUAUCGAAAGAAUUCAAACUUGCCCGCGAUGGACUUGUGAUAGUCCAAUCCUUUGCAGAGCUCCAUAACCAUGCCAUAUCGAUGAUGAUCCUACAGCCCUCAAGGAACACAGAUGGGACAGGUCCUACCGCAGCCGUUCGUUCGCUGAUACACACUUCUCUGCUGAAAGUGGAAGCCGUGUAUGAAAGAUACACAUCUAUCAUAACCGAGAAAUCUCCUCUUCCAGAACCUCGAAUAUACGAGCUGCCAACCGUCCUUUGCGCUCUCAGACUUAUUUAUUCGUUGAAAUUUGAAGAAGACGAGUACAACCUAGAAAUGCGCACUAAGAAAAUUGUCGAUCUAUGGUCGGUGGGCUGCCCUUUCCUCAACCGUAACGCAAAACGGGCCGAGAACCGAACGACAGGUUGA